AUAUUAAAUAUAUAUAUAUAACUUAUUUUUUACUUACUUUAUUUUAACUUACUAUAUUUAAGAAUUUUUUAAUGAUAAACGAGAAUAAUCGACUAUAAACAAUUUCAGAAUUUCAUAAAGCAUAAUUGGCACGUGUAAAAUCCAUCUCAGAGGAUAAACAAUUUUCCAUUUACCGGUCGAACGACGAAUAAUGUUAAAUUUCAUAGUUUUCUCGUAGAUUUUUGAAAUGUUUCUAGAAGUAAUAUAAAUUAUCUUUUCAAUAAUAUAGUGAAAGAAAGAAACUUCGUCUCUUUCUUUUCACAUGGCUAAUUUCUUUAUAAAUUUAUGAUAAAUUUCUACAUCAAAAGAGAGUAACUAAGUAGAUAUUUUAAACAAAUCUACGAUAAUUUAUAUGUAUACAUUUAUACAUACGAAUAUAUAGGGAUCUUUUCAGAUAAAUAAUUGUUCAAAUUAAAGAGAAUGAUAUCGAGUUGUAAUUGCAACUCGACUAACGAUCGAUGAUUAUACACUGAAAGAAUUUUAAAUUGCACGUGAUAUCGUGCACUCUGGUGUAUAGUAAUGCUGGUAAAUAUGAAAAAUGAAUAAACAGAUCAACAAUGUAAUGACGAGCAACAGUUGCAUCGAAUAUGUUGAAACGAUAGAUCAUUUCCAAGCAAGAACAUAAUUACACAAUAAUAGAAAAAGUAUAUUUUAAGAGAUAAUAAAUUAAUACUAAUAAACUCACCAAAAAAGAAAAAAUUCUUUUUUUCAUUCUAAUGAAUUGUAUCGAAACCGAUAUUAUCUUUAUACCGAUAAAAAUUGCAAAAAGAAUCAAAUAAGAAUGAAAAUGAAUUUUCAAAAUUUGAAUCGUUUGAACACUUUCGUAAACGUGGUCUCAGGAAAUAUUUUACCAAUAACCGAUAUAAAAAAGAAAUUAUCUAUCGUUUUGAAAAUCUAUUCGAUCGUUGUUUGGAUGAUAGAACUGAUAUAUUUGGCUGCCUGUAUUCUUGGACUCUUCAAUGUAUCGAGGGAAAGAGCUUUAAAGGACAGUACAGUGAACAUUGUGAUCUCGUUAGAAGUGUUCAUCUUGAUCGUUUAUCUGCACAAUCGUAAGAAUUUAUUACGUGAAUUAAUCGGAAAGUUGAAUUAUCUUCUACUCGUGGAGGACGAAACGCUUCGUGAUGUGACAAUUGAUACGGUGAAACCUUUAGAGAAGCCUCUUAGAAUCUAUAUAAUCGCCAGUGUUGGUUCGCUUAUGAUUUGGGCAUCGUUGCCGCUCACUAAAAUGUUUCGAAAAAAUGAAUUCUAUUAUACGGAUUAUCAAGUGCCGGCAGUCAUAUCAAAUGAACCUUUUCCAAUCGGUGUUUUUAUUGGUGGCGUUGUUCUACAGAUUUUUGGCAGUGCGUACACGUUGCUCAGAAAGAUUAGCCUGGAUCUCUACACGAUGCACUUGAUACUUUUAAUAACGGCUCAAUACAAAUAUCUUAGGAUCAAGUUUGCGACGAUACUCGAACAGGAAAUAUCAAAAGAUUUCUACAACGGCAUUAUUUGGCAAAAUGUCUCUUACGAGUAUGAUAAAAUGGUCAAACAGGAAAUGAAGUUGUUAACCCGCCAUUUUGAAAUUGUAGUCGAAAUGACUGUCAUGUUGAAGAAAUUACUUUCUCCAAAUAUUGGAAUUCUUUACAUAAACUACGUUUUUCGAUUUUGCUUUCUGAGUUUUAUGCUUGCAACGAGCUCAGCCAUGUAUUUUGAAAAAUGUUUACUUGUAUCGUAUACAAUUGGUGCAUUAAUACAAUUUUAUAUAUUGUGUUAUUGUAUUCAGCAGUUACUUGAAGCGAGUACAACUGUAGCAGAUGAUGUAGUACACGAAAAAUGGUAUUAUCAUGACAUAAAGUUUCAACAUAUAAUUCUUAUGAUAAGUUUGGCUAACAAAUUAAAAUGCAAAUUAUCUAGUUUUCAAAAUAUCGACUUAACAUUACCGUCUUUUAUGUCGAUUUUAAAUCAAGCAUAUUCGGUAUGUUUGUUAUUUUUGAAAGCAAGACAAAGUUAAAUUAAAUUGUUGUAUUAAUAGUCAAUACAUACAUGCAUAUUUUUUAUAAAAUAUACUUAAAAAUUUAUUAUGGAAUUACUUAA